AUGGGGAAGAAAUCAAGAUCAAUGCGCGAUGAGGGCCUCCAACGGACAGAUAAUAGCAUGGACCUAACCAGCUGGCCGCAAGUUGUUGCUAUCAAUCAGAAAAACUACUACACUGACUACUUAAAACGAGACGACCAAUUUCUCGCAUACCGGCUACAAAAUGAAGAAAACAGAAACCGAAUGGCAAAAGCGGCAAAGGAACGGGAUAGAGCCCUUGCCAUGUCAAAACAGAAUGAGCUACCGCUACCGGAGGAAGAAGCAGAUCCAGAUACCACAAUGGCAGAAGCGGAAAAUGAAGAGGAGGAGGCUGUGGCUGGCUCAAAGACUAUUGUGGUGCAUGUUGGAAGCCAGAAUUUGCGCAUUGGGCUUGCAAGUGAUGCCCUGCCAAAGACUAUUCCCAUGGUUAUAGCGCACAGAUCAGAUAUGAAUGAGUCUGAAGAAAAUGGGGGCGAGCCCAAGCCGAAACGUCUGAAAAUGGAUGAUGGUGAGCUAAUGGAACCGGAGAAGAUGUUUGGACCUGAUUUUGGUAUUCUUUAUACGAAUAUGUGCUCAGACCUAAAAGCACAUAUGCGCCAAAACAAACGGAGGACUCUGCCAAAUUCCAAGGAGAUGGUUGUAAAUUACAACCGACGAACACCGCCAGAGACGAUAUCCGAGCACAAUGAUGCAAUGAGAGUUGAGUGGACCGAAAUACCCAACAACCCUAACCUUGCUCCUCACUAUGUAGUUGGAGAAGCUGCAUUGAGGAUCCCAGACCUCUCCAAGCCUCGAUAUAAGCUCUACUGGCCAUUACGGAAUGGCUGGUGCAACGAAAAGGAUUACAACAGCAUAAACUUGUUGUUCUUGGACAUUGCCCGGAUAUUGGAAGAUGCGAUGAAAACCCAACUGAACCUGUCACAAACCAAAGACUGGGGUCAAUAUUCCUGUGUCUUUGUGAUACCCGACCUCUACGAAAAAUUAUAUGUCACGCAAAUACUUGAUACUCUUAUGCGCGAGCUCGGCUUUGGGCGCGUAUGUUUUGUUCAGGAGAGUUUGGCCGGUACAUUCGGUGCUGGGUACACUGCAGCCUGCGUUGUUGAUAUCGGUGCACAAAAGACAUCGAUAUGUUGUGUAGAAGAGGGGAUGUGUAUUGAAAACUCCCGCGUCAAUCUGAAAUUUGGCGGAUCAGAUGUUACCGAGACAUUUAUCAAGAUGAUGCUUUAUGACCACUUCCCAUACGAGGAGAUCAACUUGAACCGGCGAUAUGACUUCUUAUUGGCGGAGGAACUUAAGAAGAAUGUUGCAACUCUUAACGAGACCAAUGUUUCUGUACAAGUAUUUGACUUCCACCUUCGUGUGUCAGGCCAGGAUACGAGAAAGUACACGUUCAAAGCGUACGAUGAGAUUAUUCUGGCUCCCAUGGGCAUUUUCCAGCCGGAGAUUUUCGACAAUUCACAGAAAAUGGUCGGACGGAGGAAGUUUAUUAAGCGUUCCUUUGAUCUAUAUGACAGGUUACCAAACGACCCUACUUCAACUGCUCAAGCUGAGGUUCUAGCCACUAUUUCGCCUCCGCUAGCCGCCACAACGAACAACGGAACGAGUAAUGAAACAGCUUUCCAUGUUAAUGGAACAGAUCCUCAAGCUACACCUAGCCGCACGCAAAGUCAUAAUAUCUUGGGCCGUGUACAGGAUCUCGAAGGAACUCCACGAUCUUCCGCAGCCGGAUCUCCCACUCCAGACUCUGCGCCAAAUCAAAACUCCCAAGGGGGCACCUCAACACCCAUCAGACCCCAGGGUGGUGGUGGUUCUAACGCUCCCCCGACCUCCCAAAGCAUACCUGUGGUCGAAAUGCGGGACGAUGUCCUGCCAGUAUGGCCUCUUGAAGACGCUAUAUUUACCUCCAUUACCCACGCAGCUCGCGGUGACCCCCGCAAGUUCAAUGACUUUAUUGGCGGAGUCCUCGUAAUUGGAGGUGGCAGUCUUGUUUCCGGCUUCCAUGCUUUUCUUGAAGAGAGAAUGCAGCUCAAGCGUCCUGACAUUGCAAGUCAUGUCAUGGUUGGCACACCACCUCGAGAACUCGACCCGCAAGUGGUUGUAUGGAAAGGUGCCAGUGUCUUCGGCAAACUGGAUGCAUCAAAUGAAAGCUGGAUUGGCCGGCUGGAAUAUGAUCGGCUUGGGAGUAGGGUAAUGACCUAUAAAUGUAUGUGGCAAUGGUAA